AAUCAAAACAAAGUUUGAUUUUUUAAACGUGCAAAGCGGUCUAUUUUACGUCAAUGGAGCAAGAGGUUCACACCCAUAUACAUCCAAGAGUCACUCACUAGCUAGUCGUUUUGAGACUAUUGUCAUUUAUCGAAUAUGAAUUAGUUUUCCUGCUGAUUGUAUGAUUGGUGUGUGACCAUUAAAAAGAAAAAUGACAGAGGAGUCGGCAGUUAAGGUGUGUGUUCGAGUCCGCCCGCUUAUUGAAAGGGAGGAAAAGGCUGCAACAGAGAAUGCAGAGCCUGUCCAGCUGUUUUGGAAAACUGAUAAGAAAUCAAUUUAUCAGAUCGAUAAUGGAAAUUCCACUAAGAGCUUUGGUUUUGACCGAGUGUUCACUUCAGAUGAAACAACCAAUCAGCUAUACCAGGACAUUGCAAAGCCUCUGGUCGUUUCCUCUGUUGAGGGAUACAAUGGAACCAUAUUUGCUUACGGACAGACUUCUUCUGGAAAGACAUUUACCAUGAUGGGGAGUUCCCGUAAUCCCGGAGUGAUACCUCUGGCUGUGGAGGAUGUCUUCCAAACUAUUACAAAAUUUCCAAAUAAGGAGUUCCUUCUUAGGGUUUCUUACAUGGAGAUCUACAACGAAACGGUCAGCGAUCUCCUCGUCGACAGCAGUAAGAGAAAACCCCUGGAGGUCAGAGAGACAAUCAAUAAAAACAUCUUUGUGUCUGACUUGACUGAGGAAUUGGUUACUUCUUCUGCGCAAGCCCUGGCCUGGAUUCGGAAAGGAGAAAAGAACCGCCACUAUGAAAAGACAAGUAUGAACCAACGGAGUAGCCGCUCACACGCCAUUUUCCGAAUGAUCCUGGAAAGCAGAGAAAAGAGCGAUCCAGCAUCAGGUGAAAAUGCUGACGGAGCCAUCCUUGUGUCUAAUUUGAAUUUAGUGGAUCUAGCUGGAUCUGAGAGAGCAAGUCAAACAGGGGCUGAAGGCGCACGUUUCAAAGAAGGUUGCAAUAUUAAUCGCAGCCUGUUUGUACUCGGCCAAGUGAUCAAGAAACUGACUGAUGAAAGCCAGAAGGGGUUCACCAACUACAGAGACAGUAAACUAACCCGCAUUCUUCAGAACUCCUUGGGCGGGAACGCUAAAACAGUCAUCAUCUGCACCAUCACUCCUGCUACUCUAGAUGAGACCCUCAGUACUCUGCAGUUUGCCAGCACUGCAAAGAAAAUGAAGAACGACCCUUAUGUGACAGAGGUGUCUGAUGACGGGGCUCUGCUCAAAAGGUAUCGCAAUGAAAUUGUAGACCUCAAGCGACGACUUCACGAGGUUUCUUCAGGUACGCAGACCACAGCGACGGAGAAGAAGGUUCUCUCCCAGAUGCUCCAAGAAAAGGAUCAGCUCCAGAGAGAACAAGAGGACAGGAUCAGAAACCUGACCAAACUGCUGGUCACAAGCUCAAACCUGGUCCCUGUUCAAAAGAUGCCAAAACGCAGGGUAACGUGGGGAGGAAAGAUGCUCAGACUUGCCCCUCCAUCUGCAUGUGAUGGUGGCUCGUCUGCUCUUAGCUUUGCAGAAUCUUUCAAUCGCAAGAGGAAAGCAGACCGCUCCUGUCUGACGGAGAUUGGUGAAGAUGAUGAUGACUUUCAAUGGGAGAUUCCUGAUGAGCCUUCCUAUGACAUGGAGAUGAGUCAGAAUUUUGUGUCUGUUCGAAGGUCUGACGAAAGUUCUUACGACAGCCCCAAAGACUUUGUGUCCCCAGACCGUAUGCGUGAGCUUUCAGGGAAAGUGUCUGCCCUGGAGCUGCAGCUGGAACUGGAGAGUCAACAGAAAGAGGAGGCUUUGACAAAGGUAGAAUCCUUACGUGGCAGAUUGGCAGAGCUGGAGCUGCAUCUGCAAACGGAGGGCCAGCAGAAACCGGAGGCCCUGGAGAAAAUGCAGACAACAGAACAGAAUGUGGCUGAACUGGAGCUGCAGCUGCAAACGGAGGCCCUAGAGAAUAUACAGACAUCAGAUCAGAGGGUGGCCGAACUGGAGCUGCAGCUGCAAACGGAGGCCCUGCAGAAACAGGACGCCCUGGAGAAAAUGCAGACAUCGGAUCAGAGGGUUGCCGAACUGGAGCUGCAGCUGCAGCUACAAACGGAGGUCCUGGAGAAUAUGCAGACAUCAGAUCAGAGGCUGGCCGAACUGGAGCUGCAGCUGCAAACAGAAGCCCAGCAGAAACUGGAGGCCACUGAAAAGGUGGCAAUGCUGGACUUAAGAGUGGCAGACCUGGAGAGGCAGCUAGAAGAUCAGAGCCACACUCUGAAUAAAACUGAUCAACAGACGAGGAAAGACUUUGCGGAGACAAUCCAGCUGUGUGAAACUCUGGCUACAGAGAAGGACAUGAUUGUUGCUGAGCGAGACUAUCUGAAACAGGAGAUCAGCAUGUUCAUAGAGCAGACUCAAAGUCUGGAGAAAGAGAAUGCUGCUCUGUCACAGGAGAUGGCGACGAAGAGAGAAUUGGAGGAAUUCAAAUCUCUGGAGGAGGAGUUCAGGAAAGAGCAUGAGAAUGAGUUGCAAAAUGAAAUAUCUCAGUUGAAGAAGACAGUUGAAUCCUCUACACUGCAAUGCCUGGAGCUUCAGAACAAACUAGAAACUCUGUCUGAGGAGCUGAAGAAGAAAACUGAAUUUGCAGAAGAACUUCAGAGUAUGAGUGGUAAGGACUUGGUGCAGGAGGUGGCAAAGCUUCGUCGCUCUUUGGAUGACGCAGAGGGGCUCAGCAGAGAUACAAAGAAGGAAUGGGCUGUGCUGCGCAGUCAAAACAUCGCUACAGAGGAGAUGAAUAUGACUCUGAAUGCCAACUAUGACAAGAUGGAGGCGGAGGUGAAAAGCCUGCGCUUUCAACUUGAGACAGAGAAGUCGCACUUCAGAAAGAUGCAGAGCGAUCUCCAAAAAGAGCUGAAUGUGGUGUUUGCCGAGAACACCAAGCUCACCGCUCUGCUGGAUGGAAAUGUCCCAAAAAAUCUUAUAGACAGCAUUGAACUCGAGAGAACAGCGGCCCAGCUGAAUAGAGAGCUGACAGCAUCUCAAGAAGCGGAGGGAGCCCUCAGAGCUCAGCUGGAGGAGCUAGCUUCAUUGCAGCCUCUUCCAGCUAAGGUGGAGAAUUUGACAAAGCAGCUGAAUCAGCUGACUGAAGAGCUCCAGUGUGUGAGAGCUGAGAAAGAUGCUCUCCUGUCUGAGAAGGAUGCUGGUGCUCCGAGUUCUGCGGAGGAGAUGGAAAAGCUGCUCUCUGCGGUUACUUCUCUCACCGCAGAGAGAGACCAGCUCAUGAGGGACCGUCAAGAAAAUGUGGAGAUGGCUGCAGAGACACAAGUUCUUCUACAUUCUCUCCAAGAAGAGCUCCAAGAGCAGAGGCACAAGAACUCCGAUCUGGUGAAACUCUGUGAGCAGAAGGAGUCUGAUUUAGGGGAACAUAUGCACAGUCUGUCACAGGACCUUCAGAGUGUGCGAGCUGAGAAAGACACUCUCCUGUCUGAGCAGAAUGCUUGUGCUCAGAGCCAUGCAGAGGAGAUGGAGAAGCUGCGCUCUACACUUGCCUCUCUCACUGCAGAGAGAGACCAGCUCCAGAUGGACAUGCAGGAAAAUGUGGAGAUAAUGAUUGAGAAUCAGGAGGAGCUGAGGACGGCCAUAGAGAAGAAUCGUGAACAGAAGGAGCGCAUCAAACAGCUUGAGACUGCUCAAACAUCCAAACAGGAUGGUCCUCCCAAUGAAAUGAGUGCACAGAUAGAGGAGCUGCAAACACGUAUGAUGGAGAACCAGGAGGAGCUCAGGGUGUCUCAGGAGAAGAUCAGACAGCUACAGGAUGAGAUCAGCGUGCUGACGAGUCAAAAGGCAGAGCUGGAGGGCAGACCAAGCAACGGGAGUGAUGCAGAGAUUACCCUCCAAAACCAGAUUCAGAGGCUGACUGAGGAGCUUGAGAGUGUGCGAGCAGAGAGAGACAGUGUGCUGUCUGAGAGGACAGCCGACACCCACAGCGAGGAGAUGGAGAAGCUGCUGUGCAGAGUGACCUCUCUCAGUGAAGAAAGGGAUCAGCUGCAGGAGAUACUGGAGGGACUGAGACAGGAGAAGAAUCAGCUCAGAGCAGAGCUGGAGGACCGGAUGGAAAUGGUUGUACAAGCCCAAAGUGGGUUUAACCAGCCAGAAAUACUGACCUCAGAACUGCAACCACAUGAUGAGAAAAAUACCCACCUUCAGCAAGAGAUGAUGGAGAACCAGGGGGAGCUCAGGGCGUCUCAGGAGAAGAUCAGACGGCUACAAGAUGAGAUCAACAGUCUGCUGUCUGAGAGGACGACCGACACUCAGACCCACAGCGAGGAGAUGGAGAAGCUGCUGUGCAGAGUGACCUCUCACAGUGAAGAAAGGGAUCAGCUGCAGGAGAUACUGGAGGGACUGAGACAGGAGAAGAAUCAGCUCAGAGCAGAGCUGGAGGACAGGAUGGAAACAAUGCAAACUGAGAUGAUGGAGAACCAGGAGAAGCUCAGGGUGUCUCAGGAGAAGAUCAGACAGCUACAGGAUGAGAUCAGUGUGCUGACGAGUCAAAAGGCAGAGCUGGAGGGCAGACCAAGCAACGAGCGUGAUGUAGAGAUUACCCUUCAGUUGCAAGAGCUCCAAAAUCAGACUCAGAGGCUGACUGAGGAGCUUGAGAGUGUGCGAGCAGAGAGAGACAGUGUCCUGUCUGAGAGGUUGGCCGACACCCACAGCGAGGAGAUGGAGAAGCUGCUGUGCAGAGUGACCUCUCUCAGUGAAGAAAGGGAUCAGCUGCAGGAGAUACUGGAGGGACUGAGACAGGAGAAGAAUCAGCUCAGAGCAGAGCUGGAGGACAGGAUGGAAACAAUGCAAACUGAGAUGAUGGAGAACCAGGAGGAACUCAGGAUGUCUCAAGAGAAGAUCAGACAGCUACAGGAUGAGAUCAGUGUGCUGAUGAGUCAAAAGGCAGAGCUGGAGGGCAGACCAAGCAACGAGCGUGAUGCAGAGAUUACCCUUCAGUUGCAAGAGCUCCAAAAUCAGAUUCAGAGGCUGACUGAGGAGCUUGAGAGUGUGCGAGCAGAGAGAGACAGUGUGCUGUCUGAGAGGAUGGCUGACACCCACAGUGAGGAGAUGGAGAAGCUGCUGUGCAGAGUGACAUCUCUCAGUGAAGAACGGGAUCAGCUGCAGGAGAUACUGGAGGGACUGAGACAGGAGAAGAAUCAGCUCAGAGCAGAGCUGGAGGACAGGAUGGAAACAAUGCAAACUGAGAUGAUGGAGAACCAGGAGGAACUCAGGGUGUCUCAGGAGAAGAGCAGAGUUCUACAGGAUGAGAUCAGUGUGCUGAUGAGUCAAAAGGCAGAGCUGGAGGGCAGACCAAGCAACGAGCGUGAUGCAGAGAUUACCCUCCAGUUGCAAGAGCUCCAAAAUCAGACUCAGAGGCUGACUGAGGAGCUUGAGAGUGUGCGAGCAGAGAGAGACAGUGUCCUGUCUGAGAGGACGGCCGACACCCACAGUGAGGAGAUGGGGAAGCUGCUGUGCAGAGUGACCUCUCUCAGUGAAGAAAGGGAUCAGCUGCAGGAGAUACUGGAGGGACUGAGACAGGAGAAGAAUCAGCUCAGAGCAGAGCUGGAGGACAGGAUGGAAACAAUGCAAACUGAGAUAGCGCAGCUGAAUAUGUCUCUACAAUCUGUGACUGAGCAGAAGAGCCAGCUGGAAAAUUAUCUACAGCAGAAUAUGAAUAUGGCUUCCACAACACAAGAACGUCUGACGUCAGUCCAAGAGGAGCUGUGUGCACAGAAGCGGAUAAACUCUGAUCUGGAGAAACUAUGUCAGGAGAAGGAAUGCUCUUUAGAUCAACAGAUGAGGACUCUAACUGAGAAACUGGAGAGCAUUGAAGCAGAGAGAGACAGUCUGCUCUCUGAGAAGGAGGCCAACUGUCAGACCGCCACAGAAGAGAUGGAGAAGCUGCUGUGCAGAGUGAAAUCUCUCAGUGAGGAGAGAGAUCAGCUGCAGGAGAUACUGGAGGGACUGAGACAGGAGAAGAAUCAGCUCAGAGCAGAGCUGGAGGACAGGAUGGAAACAAUGCAAACUGAGAUGAGGACUCUCACUGAGAAACUGGAGAGUAUUGAAGCAGAGAGAGACCGUCUGCUUUCUAAGGAGGAGGCCAACUGUCAGACAUCCACAAAGGAGACGGAGAAGCUGCUGUACAAAGUGAAUUAUCUCAGGGAGGAGAGAGAGCAGCUGCAGCAGUUACUGGAGGGACAGAGGCGGGAGAAGAAUCGGCUCAAGGCAGAGCUGGAGGACAGGAUGGAGAUGAUCUCAGCCAUCCAGGAGAAGUUGCGCGAGCAGGAAGAUUUGAACUCGCAGCAGCAGGCUGAGGGAGGCGAACGAGAGACCAAGCUGCAACAAAGAGUGCAGCAGCUCGAGGAGCAGCUUGAAAUGCUCAGGGAGAGACAAAGUCAUGCGGUUGUUGAUGCCGACGCCUCCCAGCAGUUGCUCAGUGAAGCGAACACAACCAUCUCAGCACUCAAAGAGCAGUUGAGCACCAGUGGAGUCAAGGAGACGGUGUCAUCACGACUGCAGGACUCUACUGAGCAGCUUCAGGAGUCCUUCAGAAAACUCCAGCACUUUAUAGACACUUGUUCCAAGUCUAAGUUCACAGACCCGGUAGAAAUACAGUCUGCCGUGAAGCACUCUUAUCUGAACUCUCUACCAGAACCCACCAAGAAAGCCUACAUCGCUCUGUGCCAGGUGCGGCAGCAGGCAGCCGAGUGUGGGAGAAACAUUAGGUUGCACCUACAGGCCCAAGCACGGGGCUACAGGAAACAGUUUGAGGAGUUGGUGAAGAAAGAUUUGGCUGUGUUUGAGGAGAGGCGUCUGCAGGAUGUGCUGCUGUGUAGAGCACAGGCACCCUGCUACUCGGUCAAAGACGAGGACUUCAACACACUGUGGGACCACAGACUGACUGAGCUGCUGGACAAGAGGCAGCUCUACCUGCAGAAAAUGACCAGCAUUUUGGAAAAGCUCUGGGCCAACAUGACUACUUACCCCAGUGAGCUGUCAGCUGAGAUCAGAGACGGGAAGAGGUUCAAGGAGCAGCUGCAGGCCAUGCUUACCAACGAGCCAAUCAACUUCAGCAGGAUGGACAGCAUCCUGAGCUGUGAGCUGGAACACACAUCUGCAGUGGCACGCACCAGGAGAUCGACUCUGCAGGGCAUCAUCGAUGAACAGAAUGGUCUGCAGGAAGAGCUGAAGCUGCUGGAGGAUCAGGCUAAUUCUCAACUCGGAGAGGAGAGAAGUAAGAGUUCCACUCUGCUGCAGGCGCUGGAGGGAGCACCUCUUAAAACAGAGCUCUCCCUGCUGAAGGACAACCAGCAACUUCUGCUUCAGCUCCAGCAAACUGAAGAAAAAGUCAAAGCUCUUCGUGUACAAACUGAGAAGCUGGAGGAUGCUCAGAUCAAAGCCAGCAACAGGGUGUCCAACCAUAAGCAGGCUACCCAGCUGCUGCAGACUGAGCUGCAGGACUGCCGGGCAGAAGUCGAGGAGAAAGACCAGGCAAUCCAAACUCUCAGGAGCAAACUGCGAGAGUCUGAGGAUCAUCUAAAGAAAAAUGCGUCACCCAGUGCUGUUGAGCUGGAAAAUCUCCGGACUAAACUGUUCAAAAUGGAGGUGGCGUUGAGUUCAGCAUCUGAUAAACACAAAGAAGAGAUCCAGAGGAUGACCACGCUGUUGAAGGAAAAGGAAGAGUCACUGAGGAAGCUCAAAGAGACCUUAAGAAGAUCACAGCAGCAAGGAGAGGUGUCAAUCCUGCAGGGUGAGGACCUUCAUGCCAGACUGACCAACCCCAGAGGUUUGGGGAUCAAGACCAGCAUUCUCCAGGAGAAGACUAAACUGGAGGAGGAAGUCAAAACGCUUCACGUGAAAAUAACUGAGCUGCAAAGCCUGGUGUCCAGUCAGCAGGCCGAAAUCACUAAGUGGAAGGGCAGAGCCAUCAAGCUGAAGGUGAAGAGCAAGGGUGAGGUGGACAAGCCUUCAUCACCCUGCACUCCCACCAAAAGGGGCCUUCCCAUGACUUCAGACCCUUCCAGCUCCCUAAGCUCACCUGCCAAGUUUCUGGUUACUCCCAGGAGAGUCCUGGACUCUCCAAGGAAACCGCUGGACUCUCCAAAUGUGCUUGAAUCGCCCAAAAGCAGAUUCUUUGAUGCUGGUGGAGCCUCUGAUGUGCUGUCCAGAACCCGUCCCAAGCAGUUCUUUGAUAACUCCAGCCUUGGAACCAUUCCAGACGUUUUCAAUGUUCCUGAGUCACCAGAUGAAAAGAAUGAUGCGAUUGCAGACCGCAAGGAGGAUUUGUGGCCUAAAUCUCCAAGUGGGCAAGAGGAAAUGUGUAAAACACAGUAGAACUGUUUUUAAAUACCUUUUUUUUUUUUUCAUUUUCCAUGUUUGUCUUUGUAUUGUAUUGAUGUUUUUCGUUUUAAUUAUUAAAGAAAUUGUUAA